AACUUGUGAAACUCAUUUUAUAUUUCAGAAUGGAGUAGAAGUUUAUAGUGAAUAUGUAAAAGAAGAUCUUCCAGAAAUUUUAGGAGAUUUUUUAGGUGAACCAGUUCAAAAUGCUGAAAAUGCUAAUAUGAGUUGUUUAGAUGUCUUUAUUAACCUUGUUGUUGAUGCCUUGCACUACCCAAUGGAUACAUGUACUCCAGUACACUAUAUCUCACAGAAAAGCCAAAACCAAUCUCAGCGGUGUCUUAAUAGCAGUUACAGAAGUACACCAGACGAAGACACGGAUUACUACUUUCCACCUGGUUGCAUUCUCGAGAAAAUACUUUCAGUUCAGUAUUUGGAUGAUUUGGAUAUAGAAGGAAUUUACCCUCUUUAUCAACAAUUGCAAAAGCAUUUUCAAAAGCAUCCUGAAGAUAGACAAAAGUAUUGCCUGGACGGUCCUUACCGGGGGGACAACUGGUAUGUGGUUUCUAAUAACAACAACAUCGAGGAUGCAGGAAAUUCAGACAUACUUUAUACAAUGAUUAAGGUGAAGCAAUUUCUUGUGGCACAAACUGUAAAAGACUGCUCCAUUAUUCUUGCGAUGCAGAGACAAGAUAAUCGUUCGGAUAUGUCAGGUGUCUCUUAUUUAACAGACUGCUUUGGACAACCCUAUAAGCAUUCCUUGGCUAUUAUUGACUUGGAUCCUAAACCAUAUGAAAAAAUUCCCGUUUAUAUGAAAGAAGAUGAAACUAUAGUUAAUACUUACUUGAAAUCACAAUUUGCUGUUCCUUGAAAGAAAGAAAGAUGUAUGUUUGGUUCAGAACAGCUUGAGAAACCAAUUUACAUAAAGAGAAGUAAAAAGAUAAUUUACUUUCUGAUGCGUUCAAUAAGGAAAGGAAAAAAAAAAUUAAAUUUUUGUUGCAGAAAGUAUUGCCCCAGAAUUCAGUGUGUCUAAUUCCAGGCACUUUACACGAAAGGAACAGUAUUGCUGAAAUACUGAUAUAGCAUCGUAAUAAAGAAUGAAAAUAUUUUGGUGAGAAAUAGAAUGGGGAGAUGCUAUUCAUUUGCUAUUAUAAGUUUCUCCUCUUAACAUCAUUGUUAUUCCCUUUGGAUCCCAAGUGAAUAAUAAUAAUUUGUAAGUGCUUGAAUACAAAUUAUUAAUUCUAAUAUAAUCUUGCUGUUAGAAAGCACUGCAUUAUGGAAAUAAUUGAAAUGAAACCAAAUUUGCAAUCCCAACACCAAUGUUAUAAUUUUUGAGUUUUACUCACAGUAAACUUAUGUGAUAGCAUAUUACCUAAGGAAAACAAUUGGGCAGACAUGAAUAAUGUUGUUCAUGCUUCAGUUUUUAGAUUGAAAAUAUUAUUUUGAUUAAAGUAUGGACUUUAUAUAUAAUUGUCUAUAUUUUAAUACGUUCAAGAAAGUUUUUUUUUAUUUAAUUACAGACUUUAUCUUUCGCCUAUAUGAUAAUCAUACAAAUGUUUGACAUCUGCAUAAAAACUUUGUUGCGAACAUACAUCAUAAAAUUAAUUUUUUAAUAAAAUAUAAUGGAUGGGGGGGAGGGGUAAUCAUUUAUUUUAUUGAACAAAAAAAAAAAAAAAGGGGCAGGGACCCUACAAAAAUGAGAAUUAAGAUUGCUAUUCAUCGCACCAACAUUCGUAAGGACUUCCUCCUCCUCCCCAUGAUUGAUAUGGGUUAAUUAUGCUUUCAGAAUUGCCUUUUACCAUUUGUCCUUCAAAAAUAUUUAUGAAAAUAAGAGUAAUGCUGAAGUCUGGACUUCAUUUUCCAAUUUAACAUUUCCAAUCACAGUAUUAUAUACUUCUGAUGAUUUUCGCAAUCUGUAAGUAGCAAGAAAGCAUUCUGUGUCUAUACUUAAUCAUAUGAAUGUUGAUAUUCAUAAUUUUUGUUUUAACUCAACUUAUUUGGCUGUGGUCUUUUGAGAGAAACAGAAUUAUUCCAAAUAAAAUCUAUUUCUCUGAUGUCGAAUUAAUGUAUUAAACACCAUCUCAUUUGAAAAUAUUUUUUCAAUUUUAAUGAACCAUCCUUGUGGUACACUUUCAGAAUGACAUUAUUCAGAUCAAUCUUACAUAGCAUAUCAAAUUUCCUUCCAAAUUAAUAACUAUGCUUUCAAAACUGUAUGCUGCUGGCUUUUUGUUCAGAACAGAUAAAAAAAAGUAGUUUAAGUAACAAAAUCUGUCCAAGAAAUCACAUACAUUUAAAAUAUAGUUCUUUUAAGUUCUGAAUUAAGGUAAAGAAGACAAUUAGAGGUUUUUGAUGCCUUAGAGUUUUAAUUUUUCAUUAAUGUUAUAUAAAAUUAAUUAUGAAAGCAGAACACCUUAAAAGUAUCUUAUUCAGGGAUCCCUUCUUGAAGUCACCAUUAGUGAGCUUAGUUACAAUGACACUUGAAUAAUCUUGUACCUAAAAAAUAUAUACACAAUUUUAUUUUUUUCAUAUAUACCUCCAUUUUGACAAGUGGGAAUUGCUAUGUAGUAUGGUAUUGCAGAGCAAUAUCCAUUUGUCUAAAUGGCAGUAAACAUAUGCUGUUCAUAUACCUUCCAUUCUAAUUAAACAGGAGGGGAGAAAUGGCAGUAAAUUUAGAUUGACUAUAAUUUACAAAACCAAAUGAGAAAUUUUACAGUUUUUUUAAAUAUCAUAAUUUCAACUGUACACAACACUGGCCAAUUAUGACAAUUAUUGAGUAAAAUACUGGUGCACACAUAAUUAUAAAAGAUCAAGCAGGUACUGUAACUGACAAAUAAAAACUGAAUUCAGAAGCUACUGCUGUCCAAUAAAACCUAAAUGAUUUAUUGAAUAAAUUAUUACAGACAUUU